AUGUCUUUGCAUAAGUUUUAUAAAAAGAAAGAAGAUAGUGAACAACAACAAAAGUAUACGAAGAUUGAUUUAAACUCACUACCUGUUGAUCCAUUUGAACGACCAAGUAUAGAAUUUUAUCAUGUAAACCAAAGAGAUGAAAUAAGAAGAGCAUACUUGCAAAAAGGGCCUUUCCAACCUCUAAAUCAUAAGUUUCCACCACGUGAUUUUGGAGGUAAACCUCGAAGAUUUAUUCAAUCUUGGUUUGAUGAUAAUAAAUAUUGGUUAGAAUAUAGUAUAAAAGAGGAUGUUGCAUUCUGUUUGUGUUGUUAUCUAUUCAAAUCAAGUAUACCAAAUCAAGGUGGAUCAGAUCAUUUUGUGAAAUCUGGAUUUAAAGCUUGGAAUAGGAAAUCAGGAAUAGAUAAACACAAAGAAGGAACUCCACACACUAUUGCUAUCCAAAAGUGUCAAAGUUUGAUGAACCAAAGACAAUCCAUCACGUCUGCUUUUGAGAAACAAACUACUUUACAAGAAAAAGAAUAUCGUACUCGUUUGAAUGCUUCAAUUGACUGUUGGUUAUCCGAUCGAUGUGAUGUUGUAGAUCGUGUUGUGUUAAAGAAUGCCCCAAAAAAUGCUCAAAUGAAAUGCGGUGAAAUCCAGAAAGAUAUGUUCAGAUUAGACGAUUCACGUGAUGUGUCAUGUAAAGAACAAAUGGCAUUGGUUUUGCGGUUUGUUAACAGAAAAGGUGAAGUUGUAGAAAGGUUUAUUGGCCUUAGAAAUUUAGCCCUAGUGUUUGUUGCAAAGAAUCACAAGACGGUUAAUGAUUUUUUUGAUGUGGUUUCUCGACUGUUAAAUAUUAUUGGAUCUUCUUACAAACAACGAGCUAAGUUGAGAAAAAAACAAGCAGAUAAAGUUAUGGAAGCAUUAGCUGAAGAUAUGGUUUAUUUGGUUUAUUUUUGUGAGCUUGAGAGUGGUACUGGUUUGAUUCAAGAAGUUGGUAUUAAACUACCGUCUGAUACUCGAUGGGGGUCUCAUUUUGCAUCUUUAUUAAAUAUCCAAACCAUAUAUGCUUCCAUUUGUGAUGUACUUGAAGACCUUGGUGAAUUUGAGAGUGAUAGUGAUCGUAGAGCUGAAGCAAUCCGCAUCUUAAAGUGGUUAAAAUCGUUUGAUUUUGUGUUUUGUCUACAUUUGAUGAUUGAUAUCUUGGGAGUGACGGAUCAUUUGAUUACAAUACUACAAAGAAAAGACCAAGAUAUCAUAAAUGUCAUGAAUCAAGUAAGUAUUUCAAAAAAAGCAAUUCAAGAAAUUAGGGAUAUAGGAUGGGAACCACUUUUAGAGAAAGUUACUUUGUUUUGUGCUAAAAACGAAGUUAAAGUUGUGGAUUUGGAAGAUGAAUAUUUUAAUGGAUACAGUCGUCGCAGAGGUUCACAGGUUAACAACUUGCACCAUUAUCAAGUUGAUGUAUUUAAUGAAUCUUUCAAAGCCUUUGAUUUACAAAAAAUAAUGAAAAUGGCUUCACUUUAUCUGGAAGAGUUUCCAACAGAAUACGAUCUUCGAGUUCUUGAAGUGGAACUUGGAAAUUACAUUAAAGAUGUGCGAGAAGAUGAACGAUUUAAUGAUUUGAAGAGUAUUGGAGACCUUGUCAAAAAGAUGGUUGAAGAAAAGAAGCAUAUAAUAUUUCCUAAGAUUUACCUUCUUAUGAAACUUGCAUUGAUCUUACCCGUAGCAACAGCAAGUGUAGAACGCGCAUUUUCAGCAAUGAAGUUGAUAAAGACUGAUAUACGCAACAAAAUGAGUGAUCAGUUUUUGAGUGAUAGUUUAGUGUCGUAUAUGGAAAAAAAAUGUUUUAAAAGGUAUUGGUAA